AUGGCUCCAGAGUUCCUUCCGUCAACAUCUGAUGAUGUUUCUCAGCUUGCUGAAGAAGACGAUGGACUUUCGGUCUUUACAACAGAGGAAGAAAGUGAAGAACGACCGCCGAGUAUUUCUUACACUGACAGCGAAGAGGAGAGUGAAUCGAGUGCGAUCAACGAAGAAUUGGAGAACGAUGCAUUUCGAGAAUUGGAGGCUGGAUUGAACGACGUGAUGUACCAUCAGAAAGAUGCACCACCACAGCUUACCGCCCUUCGUUGCAGUGGGAUCGGUUCCCCAAAGAAAGUGUGGGGUCUUCUCUGCCGGAAGAAUGAACUUAUACGACCGAGUAGUCGAUUACUUGACAACCAUCCUGAGUUAACACCACGUACGCGAGCGAUCCUCGUGGACUGGAUGAUGGAGGUUUGUUCAAGCGAAAGGCAACAUCGAGAGACUUUUCAUCUGGCUGUUGACUAUAUCGACAGAUUUCUCGCUUCGUUCCAAGGCAUCAGGUCCCAUACAUUUCAGCUGGUAGGAACAGCAGCACUGUUCCUUGCUAGCAAAUAUGAGGAAAUAUAUCCUCCAAAACUUGAAGACUUUGUCGCUUACACGGAUGGCGCUUGUAGUGAGCAGGAUGUUCGCACGUUCGAGAUUAUUAUGCUGAAGGAAUUGCAUUGGUCUCUGGCACCGCUCACAAGCAUCCACUGGCUCAGCAUGUACAUGCAGUUUUUGGGUAACAAAGAGGUGCCAAAAAAUAACGGUGACACGCAUGUGGUUGACCAACCCUUCAUCGUACCCGAUACACUGAGAGAGGACUUUGUCAAUAUGGCUAAGGUACUCGAUCUAUUGCUGCUUGACGUCACAUCAUUCAAAUAUUCCUAUCGGGAGCUAGCCGCUGCCGUUCUUUUCGCCUGCUACGAGCCUCAUGCCCUUGUUCAAGAAGUCACAGGAUAUUCGUACUCCAACCUGCUGAAGGUUGUUGAAUGGGUGGAACCCGUGGUGAAAGCAUGUGAGCGGAUGCGAGCACUCGGUGAUCCACUACAUAUUGUUGAAGGAGUCCGUGCGGACGAUCUUCAUAACAUUCAAACUCAUCCCGAAGAAGAAUUCGAACAAGUGGUGACCGACAUCGAAAAGGAGCGUGAAAUCGCGAAGAUAGCUCGAGAAAAGGUAAAAGUCCCGAUGAGCCGUAGGAGAGGACCACUAAGAUCCAGAUGCACGAAUCCAGAUCAGAUCACAAUUUUUUCAUGA